CAAAGUGACGUGAAACUAGAUAGAUAUUGUAAGGAAAGUGAAAAGUCAACACUCUGACUAUCGAUAAAUGUGUAUAUCUGUAUUUGAUAUGUUAUUUACUGUUGAACGUCGACCUCUUUUGUUUUACAAGUUCAGAAAUAAGCAAUUCUCUUUAUCGUUGGAUAGGGUAUGUCACAAAUUCCUAUAAAUAUGCAAAUCCGCGUGAGAUCUCCCUUCAUUUGCAUAUUUUUAAUUAUCAGCACUCCUGUAAUUAUUGAGGAUGUUAACUGUCAAGGAAUAAGUUCUCCCAAGGUUCUUACAGAAUCCCCCUAUGUGAAUCAGAACAACUCGGACGCUCACCGAAGCGCAAUCAACACAGAUCAAAGUGCGGCAAUUAACGCUGAUAUCCCUCCGCUGCGGUUUCCUAAAUUUACACACACCCGUGUUUAUGACGGUGUGAACUUUGCUAAGAAUGACAGCAGGAUGUUUAACCUAACUGAGCAUCAGUUUCUGUGUUUCAAUUUGAGCAAAGCUCCUAAAGAGGAUGGCAAAUUGUACUGCAAUGCGACCUCUGACCCCUUUUCCUGCUGGCCAAUGACAGAGGGGGGACAUUUCGCGGUCAUUUCCUGUCCAGAAGUCCCUGGAGUAGACGCAACAAAAAAUGCUACAAAGUUUUGUUUUCCAAAUGGCACAUGGAUGGAAAAGGCAAAUUAUAAUGCUUGUCUCUCACAAGGAAUCACUGUGGAAAGCGAUAAUGAAUUCCAGGGGGAAUUAGCCACGGACUAUGUUUCUCGGAUUAUUUACAACCUCGGAUUCACAAUCUCCACUGUUGCCCUUGCCAUUGCGCUGUUUAUUUUCCUGUACUUUAGAAGUUUACGAUGUCUGAGAAAUAUUAUCCACUGCCAUCUCAUCGUCACUUUCAUCUUGAGGAACAUCAUAUGGAUAAUAAUGCAGCAUUCGCUCCUUCCAAUUGUAAAUAGUCAAGAAACUUGGGCCUGCAAACUUGAGGUAGCUAUUUUUAACUAUGCCCAAAUGACGAACUUUUUCUGGAUGUUGGUGGAGGGGCUGUAUUUACACAUUAUAAUAGUGUGGACAUACUCGGCGGAUAAAAUCAAGAGAUGGUACUUCAUUGUGAUUGGCUGGGGUAUACCAUUGGUAAUUAUGGCUAUAUGGGUUGCACUUCGAGUUUAUUCAGAUUCAACAGAGAAGCACAAAGUGUCUGUCUUAUUAGAUUGCUGGCUUCCUCCAAAUAACUCCAAUCACGGAGAUGAUCUGGACUACAUAUAUGUCGCACCGACUCUGCUGGUGUUAGCUGUAAAUAUGUUAUUUCUAGCAACGAUUAUUUGGGUUCUAGUUACAAAAUUACGAGCAUCGAACAGCUUGGAAACAAAACAAUUGAGGAAAGCUGUUAAAGCCACUUUACUACUGCUUCCGUUGCUGGGAAUUACUUAUCUCUUAUUUAUAUGGCCGCCCACUGAUCAUAAGGCAGUCGUGGAAGCCCACAAGUUCAUUAACACCUUUCUACAAUCUUUUCAGGGCUUCUUCGUUGCUUUGUUCUAUUGUUUUUUGAAUGGAGAGGUGAAAUCAGUUUUAAAGAAGAAAUUCUCUACAUUUCGUGAAAAUCGAACUUUGGCAACAAGAUAUACAAAAACUUCCAUAGGGUGGGCAAAUGACAUUACCAUUCACAAAGACCACAUGCAACUUACAAAUGGAAAGCGGAAUACGUCUGCCAAUUCUCUCGAAGAUAGGAGGGUAUCUAAUAACAACAGCUGUGACGGUGAUAUCGAGUCAGAAAGGAUGUUAUGACGUCAUAUUUCUCAAUAGGGCACACCCUAGUGUAAUUAUGUUACAUUCCAUCGGUGAUCAAAGUGCUUCAUUUUAUAUAGUUAAAGAUGCUUUUGCCUGUGGUUGGGGUGUAUAUAAAAUGAAAUAGAAGUAAAAUUUAAAAAAUCUUGAUUUCAAUGACCUCACACCUCACGCCAUUUUAAUAGAUCAAUAGAAAAGAUUUUUGAUGGGUGUUACAAUGUUAUCUUUGCUCCGUAUUGUGCGAUGCAAAGACCGACAUACAAUGAACGUGAUUUUUCCCGUUGAUAAUUUUUUUCAGUGUACAGAUGAUUUUAAUAUAUACACGCUGUUGUAUGAUGUAAUUUGGACAUUACAUGUACAUAUAUUAUUAUUUAUUAUUUAUAAUCACUAUAAUGCUCGAAUUACGUGCUUUGUAAACAAUUAUUAUGUGUACAUUUUGUUUUUUGUUGUGAAGGUAAUAGAGGUUUUAUUUUGUUUUUAUUAUUGAGUUGACUGACGUUAAUAUUUUAUAUGAAUGAAUUCAUUAUAUCCUGAUUGUUGAACAAAAUUACAUUUAACAAAUAAAUAUUUAAAAUGA